CAGCGUUCCAUGAUCUGUAGAAUUUGCAAGCAUCAUCAGUUUGUUUCACUAUGACUCGAAGGUUACGAUUCUGCUCGGUGCUCCGACGGUAAUAUAGCGCAUUCAAUAGAAUCAACAGUGGAACUUUCCGUCUGGGCAACCAUGUCGUCCACCACGCAGCCUCCCGGUCCCGAAAAUGAAACGGCUGAGACGGCCGAAAUGGCUAUUCCGGCACCGACGAGCGGUCGCCGGCCCUUGAGCGUCGAAGAGCUGUGCUUCACAUCCGCCAUGAGCUGUUUCGAGGGAUGGCUCAAGCUAGACCCGGCUAUCGGCCAUCGCACCAUGAUAUAUGUCACCAAGUUCAUUUCGAGAACGCUGGAAAAGACACACAAUCUCAAAGACGUCAGGGAGACUCUGUCUAGGAGCGUCGAGGUCUGGAUAUGGCUCACUCGAGACUUCGCUGCCGCCAUCCCCAGCCUGACCACCAGGUCCAUCGGGCCCUUGGCGAGUCUGAACGACCCCGACAAAGGGGUGACGCCGCAAGAGAGCACGGCGCUCAUAACCAAGAAUUACGGGUCGCUAAAGGACGACUUGCAGCUGCUUAUCAAACUCAUGCACAUUGCCAGGAACCUUCUUGUCGUGCCAGAGCCUGAGAUCCCACAGGACCUGUGUGCUGCCGCCCAGUUCGACCAGAUGCUCUACCAGACCAUCAUCCUUUGCAUCAACGUCACUAGUAAGGCUUACGAUGGCGAUGUUCUGGAGGAGUCUGCUCGGCUCAAGCUUACCGAGAUCACUGAGCUGUACAAGAAGCUGCUUGUGACAUGUCUGCAGCAGGCGCACAAUUGGAUUGCCAAAAACGACAGGAACAAGAUGGCCUUCUGGUCUACGGUUCUGUUUGAUGAUGAGGCCCUCGCCGACGAUCCGGACGGCAGCGUUUACGGCGAUUUCCGGCCAGAUGUCGCCAAAACGGAGGUCCAGAACUGGUUCGAGCGGAACUCGAGGUUCUGCGACAAAGCAAGGCAACUGCUCUCUGAAUAUGAAGAGACCGUGGCAGCCAAGAAGCUUCCCCCAGGUCGCCUGCCCUGCAUUUCCCCGCUAGCUUGGAACUGGCUGCCCGAGGGAACGGUGCGGGUGCGGGCAGACGACGUAAGCGAUGACUCCAAGAUCACACCUCAGUGGAAGGAGGACGAGCCCGACAAGUUCGAACAAGACAAGGCAUACGGCCGCGUGUCGAGGGAAAUUGAUACCUGGUGGUUGAAGACGCGGGAUCCCAAUUACGACGACUGGGUCGUCCCGAUGCCCACUGUUGAGUUCGCCCAGCAGAGAACCGAGAAUUGCAAAGCCAAUUUUGUCAACCGCUAUGCCCACUCAUAUCGGACCGCUGAGCAUGAGGGCUCUGUCCACUCUGCCGCCGAGGCACCGUUGCCAGAAGGCUCUGGGGAGGAGGACACCAAAGACGGUGGCCAUUACGCCCACGAUUACAACGACGACGUGAUCGAGGAAGAAGACAUCGACGAUGACGAUUCGUACGGCGAAGGCCCAAUGAACGGCCUGCUGACCGAUGUACCCAAUAUUCUCGACCCGAAACAGAUUGAAGCGCUGCACAUGAUUGUUAAGUCCUGCAUCCUGGACAAUGCCGGUUUGUCAUUGAGCAGAGCCGGAGAGAAUCUUCAAAAGACGAGAUGCAGGAUGUUUCUGGCUCUCGAAUGCGGGCGCAGCCUGCUGAGAGAGAUCCUCGUCUUCAUCGCCGUUUGGGAAAAGAGCGAGCAGUCCCUGAUUUUCCAACUUACCACCCAGAUUGUCGAAGCCAUCCACCAUAGCGCUCUGGUCCCGUAUGCCUGGUCGUCUCUUCGUAUCCCCAAGGAUAUCAUCUCUCCCGCUCAGACUGUCCUCCUGAGGCUUGUUAACAACAUGUUCCGCGCUCGGAACAACGACCCUCCGCCUGCCGACUCGAAAGAGCAUCUACGGGAUGUCAAGCUCCUCCAUUUCCUGUUCAUCCAGUUUCGCAGCCGAAUCGUGCCCGAAUGCGCGGCACUGUUGCAUAUCCAGGCGCAAAUACGUAACAAUUUAUAUGACCCGGCCGACUUUCCGGUUGACAGUUGGGACAUGGAGCGCGCCAAGGACGGCAUCCAGCAGUUCCUGGAGCUCUUGACAACCGUGAUCGAGCUUCCGGAGACACGACAAUACCUCAUCGAAUGGGAAGCCACUUACGAGCUCCUCGUGCUGCUCAAAGGCCUCGAAGCGGGCGUUCCCAAAAAACCCAUGGUCGAGCUGCCGAACCGCUCGGCUAACCGUCAGCAACAACAGCAGCAGGCCGGCGGCAACAGCAAUGGCAACGGUCACGACGAUGACUACGACCAUGGCUACGACUCGGAAGACCACCCUCUUGCUCCUGGCCGUCCGCUCGAAGAGGAGCCCGCGCACACAUAUCCCUGGGCCGGAAUCAAGGGCCAAAUUCUUCACAUCUUGGCCGGUCUCCUCCAGCCGCCUGCCGGCCGCAGCGGCCCGGGCAAUCCGGAGGUACAAAAACAAAUCCUCCGCCACAACGGCGUCAUUUGCCUGCUCAACUGCUGCGUCUACGACGACUACAACCGCUACGCCAGGGAGCGCGUGCAGAUCUGUCUAAAAUGGCUUAUGGACGGCUCCGACGAGGCGAAAAAGUAUUUGCACGAGCUGAUCGCCAUGUCACCGCCACCACCAAAUCUGCGGCCCUCACAAGCGCCAACAACGACAGCCGCUGGGGCUGGAGAAUCAACCGAUGCUCAACAAACAACCACGCUGAGAAUUGAUGGCAUUGCCGGCGAGGUCAAGGUCAGGGUGAAGUCGCCCGCCCUGAGGGGCACUCCCGCUACCCAAGCUAAAUCGACUGCUGCCGUCCCUUCGUCGUCUUCUUCUGCUACUGGUAGGGCGCUACCACCGUUAGCAGCGGCUACGGCCGCUUCUACGAUGACGGAUAUAGACCACCAGCACCAUCACCAUCGUCAUCACCAUCAUCAUCACCACCACCAUCAUCAUCAUCAUCAUGGACAUGCUAGCAGCGCUAGUGGUGACGUUGCGACGGGUGCAAGCAGUAUGGGCAAUAAUAAUAACAAUAAUAACAUCACCCUGCCGCCCAUCCAGGCAGACAUGUCGUCGGGCCAGGGCAACCGGAGCCGUCCCGAGGAACUCCUGCGCGAUAUUAUCACGCUGGCGGACGAGGCGGCCAGGCUGGCGAUGGGCAGGCGGCUGGAUGGGGAUGAGACUGAGGAGGAGGGGGAUGGGGCGGAGGAUGAUUUCAUGUAGACUGACCGGCUAUCCGUAGGUCAGGGUUUGCAUUCGUUCCGUCUUUUGCUGGCGUCGUUUUGCCUGUUAAGGGAGGGAAGAAUGUCUGGAUUUGGCCCUUAAGGAAGGGGUCUGUUUGCAUGGCGCUGUUGGGAAAAAACUCUCUGGCUGUGUAUAGUCUUUGGAGUAUCAGGUAGUGAGAUCAAAACAAGGCGUGGUGGAAGGGUGGUCUCAUGCCCAACACUAUUAUGUAGUGGAGAACUACAAGGUGUAUUGUACAGAUAGCGUAUAAGACUGGUGGAGGAUUAAGGCACAGUGAACAAGUCAUGAAAUUCAUAGGUUUAAAGUGGCGAAUACAACCUGUUGUGAGGGACUAUGGAG